CGAAGCUAAAAAUAGCAAAUAAUUGUUCUCGAGCCUCGUUAUCACACAUUCUGACCCAUGCUUCCCGCGUGUAAGAGAAUUUUCAAGAUGGCGGGUCAAGUGGAAGAAGAACCAGAUUUGCCCGAAGAAGUCACCGAAUCUCUAGAGUCUUUUCACGAGGCCUUGGGAAAAGUUGAAGAUGUAUUCAAGCCCCUUCUGGAGACUUCAGUUGAUGACUUGAAGGAAAAGAUGAAUCCUCUUCAGAGUGCAAAACUUGAUCUUGUUGUCGCUUACGCCAUCAAUUCUAUGUUCUGGAUGUAUCUAACUACGCAAGGUGUCAAUCCUCGACAACAUCCUGUCAAAUCUGAACUGGACAGAAUAAAGAAGUACAUGGGUAAAGUGAAGGAAGCAACUGAAAAGAAAGAAGCAUCUGCAAGAAUUGAUAAAGAAGCUGCCAAGAGAUUUGUGAAGAGUGCAUUAUGGGAACCUUCAGGUGAUGCAAUGAUAAUUAUUACUCGACUGUGCAUAUUUAUUUGUGAUCACUUAAUACACGAUAGUUUGAAUAGUCUGAUACUUUACAUGCGAGUGUUCAGUGUGGUUGUUUUUUUUUUAAAUUAUUGUUUGUUAUUUUUAUUGCAACCAUUGUCAGUAUUUGUGACAAAAAGUAUAGUUACAUGAACAUGUUUAAUGUGGUGGAGCAUAACCAUUUCAUGCACAAGGAAAUGACAUGGCCAAGGAGUUGAACUUGAGACUGU